CUGGUUGUUUAAUACAUAACGUAAACCCCCCACUAAAUACGUUGAAAAGAGGGAGACCCGACGAGUAGGUGGACCCUAAAUCGACCCGACCCGUUUCCUUCCGGCCAAGGGACACAGAGGAAGAGAGAGAGAUUGUGUUGUUUGAGUUUGAGAUCAUCGUCUCGUUCCUCAAUUCAACUUCUGGGCUCCUCUUCUCUUCGCUGUUCAACAACAACGAAAUCAUCAGAUUAUGGAGGACAUGGACAUCGAUGAUGUGGUUAUACCUGACACGCCACCUACCAGACAUGGUGUUUGCAGGGAAUCUGUUGGUAAAGCCUGUAGUUCACCAUUAGCUCACAAGUUGAAUAAUUCAGACUUUGUUGAUGAGAAAUCUGGGAAUGGGCCAAGGGUCAAGGAGAGAUUCUUCUUUGAAAAUGGUCAAAAUAAAAGAAUUGUUAUUCGCCCUCCGAGAAAUCCUAGCAAUCUUGCAAUUAAGAAUGGCUCCUCAGGAACCAAUUCAUCUGCUUCCCAGAAUGCUCACCUCUUUAGAAGACCAGCAGUGGGCAGAAACUCUAGUUGUGAGACCAAACAUUCAUCUGGGACCGGAAGCUUGGACAAAGGAAAGUCUAUAAGCAUUAAAGUGUCGUCUAAAUCUUCUGCUUUUCCAGAAAACAUGGAAGUUCUUGAUUUAACUGAACAGAAUGGUCACUCCGAGUUACACAGAAAGGUUUUCCCACAUGGAAAAUUAGAAGAUGUUGCUCAAGGCACAAAAAACUGGCAGAUAAUGUCAGUUGGCAGUUCUACAGAUUGCUCUGCAAAUUACUUGGAGAGAUCCAGAAAUGCCGACAAGGCUAAGGAAAAAAUAGAUGACAGUACAUAUAAUGGUGUGGGUUUAGCUGUGCCCCUGGGAAAAAGGAUUGAUCUGCCUACUGAGCCUCAACAUAAAACAGAGCAUCAAAAGCCCAUGGCUCUUCAUUCUUUUACCCUGCCAAGAGUCAGUGGCCAGAAAAGGUUGGUAAGGAAUGGUUGUAUUUCCCCACAUAACAUAGCAACAAGGUCUAAACAAUUAAAUGUAGAAAAUAAUACAAGUUCCAAGAAUAUUGAACACAGUCAUGCUGUCGACGCGGUUUCCAGUGGUUCACCAUAUGUCAUAGGUACAAGUGAUGUGGUCACUGAAGAGAAUAAAAGGGAAAGAGCGAAAGGGAAAGGGGUAAUGGUUCAACCUUCUACACCAAAGGAGAGUAAUGAAAGAAUUGUUCAUACAUCAAGCAGUCUUCUGAAUGAUAAUAUUGAAGCUAAUAGAACCAGACAUGUUGGCAAAGAUAUAUCUGGAUGCUCUGAACGAAUAGGUGGCUGGAGAAGUACGCGUAAUCGUUCAAGGACAUUAGAUCCUCUUUUGUCUGAUUCAACUGAGCAUCUUCCCAGAAUAAUUAACAGUGCCGGAAACUUUGUAAAUCAACAUGGAAACAGAGUAGAGAGGGAGGAUACUGGGAGGGAAGGAAACUUUGUAAACUUUGCAGACGAUCUGAAUUCAACUCAAACAGCUUCAACAGUUGUAUCUGAGCCAGGCUGGAUGGCUGGACAACGUCGUGAAGGAAGGAGAGUUAGUAAAAGGGAGAAGAAACGGGGAUUGAAUAUGGGAAAUCAUGGUGAAUGCUCUACGUUGGAUAAUGGUGACUCAGACAUUAUGUUUCUCGGUUCAUCUGAGACAUCUGAAAGUUCAAAAUCAUCCAGGAUUCACAGACCUCAGUUUCAGGGAAUGUUGAGGCCAAUUAUUGAAGUUGAUGAGUUGUCACCUGCUGCAGGUCCCUCUGAACCCCAAGGUAUCAAUUCCAUGAAUGAUGAUUCAGAGGCUAGGGCAAGGCAACUAGAAGCCGAUGAGAUGUUGGCACGUGAACUGCAGGAACAAUUGUAUCAUGAGGUUCCUGCUUUUGGUGGUGGCGAGCAUUUUGAUGAACAUCUAGCUUGGGCACUGCAGCGGGAGGAGAAUGCUUUUACUACGUCAUCUAGUGGAAGGCACAAUAUGCCUCAUAGUAGAGGCUCCACAAUAUUGCAUUCUCAUAGACAGCCCCCGUCACAAUCGUCUCAAAAUCCUUCAACAAGGAGAGGAGCCCAGGCUCGAGUUCCCAGCCAUUCUACAAUGGCACAGUUAAGGAGUCGCCUUCGCAAUCAGGCUCCUAGAGUAUCAAAUAGAAGAAGGAAUCUGCGAGUUCCUUUUCCUUCGGACAUGGAUCUAGACAUGAGACUUAAUAUACUUGAAGCUUUAGAGACUGCUGUUGGGGAUGUUGGAGAUGUGGGAUUGAAUAAUCACAUGUUUCGACUUCAGCGGGAUUUCAAUGCUGAUGAUUAUGAGAUGUUAUUGGCACUUGAUGAAAACAAUCAUCAACUUGGCGGUGCAACAGCUAAUCAAAUUAAUAAUUUGCCUCAAUCUACAGUACAGACUGAUGCCUCUGAAGAAGCUUGUGCAAUCUGUCUUGAAACUCCAACACUUGGAGAAACAGUUCGUCAUCUUCCUUGCUUGCACAGAUUUCACAAAGAUUGUAUCGAUCCAUGGCUCAACAGAAAAACUUCGUGCCCAGUUUGCAAGUGUUCGAUCAGUUAGCUUGUGCUGUGAUUCAGUGCUCAGGCCAUCUUGUGAUUACAGAAUAUCUUACUACUGCACGCAGUAGUCUUUUGAGAUGAGGGUACAAUGGAAGCUCCGGACAUCUCUUUUGCCAUUGGUAACAACUGAUCCGCGUGCUGAGGUGACUCGAGAAUGCCGACGAGCUUUGAAUGUGAAACUCCUGAUUAGAUAGUAAAUCUGUAACUUCUAGUUAUUGAUUUUUGGCAAUGUGAGCUGAGAUGGCUCGUUGUAAUUCUAGCUGAGAUAGUUUCGUGUAUUUUCUGCAUCAUGCAAUGUCGUAUUUAUGACAUUAAAUUGCAAGGUUAUACUGGUAAUUGAUCUCACA